CAAAAUACAAGAAAAAAGAGCAAAGAAACAAAAUAAACAAGUGUGGGCCACGAUGAAGUAUGGAUUGUGUGACAAGUGAACAGAGUGAAAAGAACAAUAACAAGUCAAACGUGAUCAAUAACAAUAAUAUUGGAAGUGGGAUCGGAAUCGGGAUCGGGAUCGGGAUCAGGAGUUUAGAGCAAUUGACCAGUGGCAGCAGUAUGAACACCACGGCCAUGUUGAUGCAUCAUCAGCAGCAGCAGCAGGCAGCCGCCGCAGCAGCUGCAGCAGCAGCAGCAGCCCAGCAGCAACAGCAGCAGCAGCAGCAACAGCAACAGCAGCAGCAACACAAUGGACGCGACGGCAGCAACAGUUCCCGCGGCGCCAACGAUGAUCGUCCCAAUGGUCGCAGCUCGCACACGGGACGAGGAUCCAGUUGCUCACCGGCCAGUUCACCAAGUCGUCAUCCGAGUGCUGUCAGUCCUGUGAGCUCCCUCAAUCACUCCAUGAUGCAGCAGAUGCAGCAGCAGCAGCAGCAACAGCAGCAGGCCCAGCAACAGGCCCAGCAGCAGCAGCAUCAUCAGCUAAGUCCUCCGCCGCAUGGCUUGUCCUCUGGCAAUGGAUUGCCAGCUGGAUUGCCCCCACGAAUGCCCCACGGCUUGCCGCCACAUUCUUUGGGCUUGCUCAACUCCCUGCAGAUGAUGCAUCAUGCCUCCCCGCUGGAACUGAUGGCCGCUGCCCAUCAUCAUGUGCCGCCAAGGUCGUAUAACUCACCGCCACCCAUUUCCACCUCCGAUCCGAGUGCCAAUGAGUGCAAGUUGGUCGAGUAUCGUGGCCAAAAGGUCGCCGCCUUCAUUAUCAGUAAUGAGACAAUGCUCUGCCUGCCGCAGGCCUUUGAGCUAUUCCUCAAGCAUCUGGUUGGUGGCCUGCACACGGUGUACACUAAGCUCAAGCGUCUGGACAUUGUGCCGCUGGUGUGCAAUGUGGAGCAGGUGCGAAUCCUGCGAGGAUUGGGUGCCAUCCAGCCGGGCGUCAAUCGCUGCAAGCUACUGAGUUGCAAGGACUUUGAUGUUCUCUACAGGGACUGCACCACGGCCAGAUGCCUAUCGAUCAAGCCACCAGAGAGUAACUCUCUGCAAUUCCGCAGUUCCAGACCGGGUAGACCGCCCAAAAGGGGACCCGUGGGGCUUUCCCUACCGCCCACUCAUCUAUCGCAGCAUCCGCAGUUGAAAAAGCAUCGCCUGGACAAUGGAGAUUAUGCCUAUGAAAAUGGGCACAUCAGUGAUAUGAACCGCUUGGAAAAGUCACCACUCCUGGCUAAUGGCUACAAUCCGCCGCCCAUCAAUCACAUGGCCUUCAUGCAGAUGAAUGCCCACCAUCCUGGAGCGGCGGCUCUCAUGUCGCCGGGUAUGCCGCCCCAUGGUCUCCACGCCCGUCCCGAAAGCCAAAUGUUGAAGGCCGCCGCCCAGAAUGCUGGCAUGUCAGCGGCCAAUAUGGAUGCCUUGGCACGUUCCGGGAUCUGGGAGAAUUGCCGGGCGGCCUAUGAGGAUAUAGUCAAGCAUCUGGAGCGAUUAAGGGAGGAGCGAACGGAUGAGCGCCAGCAGGUGAUGGGCGUGGGUUCGGCAGUGGUCGAUCGAGUGGGAAAUGUGAUGGUUGGCGAUAUUAAGCCAAGGGAUCUGAGCUCAAGGAAUUGUUCUCCUACACGCCAGAGUCCUGUGCUGAAUCUGAGUAAAUCCGGUGGAAAUACGGAUCACGGUGGCAGCAAUUGUGAUGCGGGUAGUGAGCGGAGUGACUGCCAUUCGGUGGCGGGUUCUCCUGGUAGAGGUGGUUCCCGGAGCCUGGACGAGGGCAGUCGCAGUGGAGGCGUUGGUGGUGUCUCCUCGCAUGUGGGCAGCGGUGGCAUCAUUGGUGUCGAGGAUGAUGAUGAGGAGGAGGAGAACCUUAGCGAUGAGAAUCAAUCCGAAGUGGAUGAACGUUGUCUGGCCAAAGAUGAAGAAGAUUUGAGUGACACGGAACGUGAUAACCUGUCCACGGGCUCCGCGGCAGCUGCAGCGGCUGCGGCGGCAGCAGCGGCUCACCAGCUCCACCAGCAUGCCGCCUCGCACCACCACCAGGCGGUGGGUCUGUCCCACCUGGGGGUUGUGCACCAACACCAGAGGGGCUCACCCUCGUCGGCGGAGGCAGCUGCUGCCGCUGCCCUGCAGCACCAAAGAGCCUUGAACUACUCCCAAUUGGCGGCAGCAGCAGCGGCGGCCAAUGGGGCGGCUGUGGGUAGUGGUGCGGUGGCCAAUGGACCAGCCGGUGCCGGCGGUGGUGGUGCUUUGACCCCCAAUGAGGCCCUAAUGGCGGCUAACGAUGCGGCUGCCUUGGCUGGAGGACUGGCCUUGGGUCCCCUGGGUAUCGAUGCUCAUGCUGCUGUGCCCGCCAGCUCCACGGAAACGUUGCUCAGGAAUAUCCAGAGUUUGCUCAAAGUGGCAGCGGAUAAUGCCAGGCAGCAGGAGCGACAAAUUAGCUACGAAAAAGCUGAGCUCAAAAUGGAUGUUCUGCGAGAGCGAGAGGUCAAGGAUUCGCUAGAGCGUCAACUGGUUGAUGAACGUAAACUGAGAGUUCUCUAUCAGAAGCGCUUCCGCCGGGAACGAAAGAUCCGGAUUCGAUUUCAGCAGCAACUUGGUGGUGGCAGUGGUGCCUCCAAGGGUAGCCCCAAUGCCAAUGGAAGUGGUGGCGGUGGCUCUGGAUCCGCUUGUAGUGAGUCUGAGGCCUGUGGGGGCGGUGGUGCUGAUUCCAAGUGCAGUACCAACAACAAUAAUAAUAAUAAUAAUAACAAUAGCAACAGCAGCAGCCACGGCGGUGAUGUCGAGGCGAUGAAAGAAACCGACGGCGGCAGUGAAAAGUCAGACAAAUCCCUGGGCUCCAAUUCCUCCUGUGAUGUAACCGCCGGCCAUUCGGCCGGAUCCGGUUCCGGCUCAAUUUCCGCGGGAGCCAAUUGCCCCGAUUCGCCCACCCAUUUCAAGAGGGAGCCACACUCCGAUCACGAGGGUUCCGUGGAGCGGCAGCAUCGCUCCUCGGUCGCCUCAAUGGGCGCCCAGGAUGAGGAGCAGCGUUGUGGCAGUCGCGAGCGAGAUGAACGGCCGCCAAGUGGUUCCGCCGCUGCCGUCGCUGUUUCCGCUUCCGCAUCUGCCGCAGCGGUGGCAGCAGCAGCGGCUGCCGCAGAGGGAAGCCUUGCCGCAGCAGCGGCGGCAGCAGCAGCGGCGGCUGCCACUAAUGGCAAAGGACCAUGGAGCUAUCCGGGCAUUGAUCUAAUGGCCACCGGAGCAUUCUGGCAGAAUUAUUCAGAAUCCUUGGCCCAGGAACUGGAAAUGGAGCGGAAAACUCGGGCGGCCAAUGCCGAACGGGAUGUGAAAAGUCCGCUGUCAGAGCGACCGACGGCUUAUUACAAGAACUCCGUGCUUUUUGGUAGCGCCAAUUAAGCACUUGGACAGGUGAAGGUGAGCCCAACCGUUGGCCUGGAUAUAUAUAUAUAUAUAAAUAUAUAUAUAUAUUUGAUCUCAGAGUGCAAUCCAAACCGGCGGCUGCUCUUGAGGGCAAACAUUGUAAAUAAACAAAAUGAAGUAAAAUAAGCUAAAGAGAAGGUUGAGUUUUGAGAACGUUGCAAACGUUGGUGAGGCCAUUUUGUAUAUAUAGAGAAAUCAUAGUGAAACGAUGCAAGAACUUCCGAUAUAUCCCAUAUAGAGUGCUUAGAUCCCAUAAGCUUACAGUUACUUUGUAAAUAUAUAUACAUACUAUAUAUAGCAGCCGAUAUGAAAGACUUUUUAUUAAAGAAUUGUGCGGAAAAGUGCGGCGAAACGAAGAGCUGAAAUCCCAAUUGGCAUUUAGCAUUUAAAAAUCCCCAAAAAAAAUGAAAUAAUAAGAAAACCAUUUUUAGCAUUGCUUAAAAACCCUAUGAUAUAGCUUCAAUUCGAGUAUAUAUAUUAAU